AUGAACAAACUUGACACUGCUGUCAAGUACUCAUCAAACUGGGUCUUCGAAUGGACGCCCUUCAUCCUCACAAUCUGCUACUGGGUAGCAUCGAUAUGUUUCUACGUCUCUUGCGAUGAAGGAACCAUCAAGGGCUUCUACUACUUCUUCAUGGUUAUCAACUUCUACAUCGCCGCCUGUACGGUCAUUGAAGCCUUCUUGGGUAUCUCACCACUUCGCGAUGCGAGAGCGGCUGCCAUCAGAGUCAAUACUUGUGGAGAAUUCCCCACUCCCGACGAUCUUCUCCCCAUCCUUGACAUUGUUAUUGUCGCAUACUUGCCAAACGAGCAGGACAUUGUCAAGGACCAAGUCAACUACGCACUUGAGGAGAUUGUCUACCCUCGCGAAAAGCUCCGCAUCAACCUUCUCUACAACACUCCUAAACCCAUCGAACCUCUCGAGACCGAACUCAUUGAGAUGGAGAAGCAGCACGGUGGUCUUCUUCGCGUCACCAAGGUCGUCGGCUCCAAAUCCAAGGCCGACAACCUCAACUUCUUCUUCACUCUGGACACUGGCGCCGAGAUUAUCGCUGUUUUCGAUUGCGAUCAUUUCCCUCACCCUUACAAUGCUCGCUGGGCUGCUGAGCGUUUCAUUGCCGAUCCCACGGUCGAUAUCGUCCAGGGUAGAUGUAUCGUCUACAACUCCAAGGAAACUUUCUUCACCCGCAUGAUUGCUCUUGAAUUCGACAAGAUUUACGCUGUGUCGCAUCCCGGUCGUUCGCGUCUAUUCUCUUUCGGUCUUUUCUGUGGUUCCAACGGUUACUGGAAGGCCGAAUUGUUGCGUGGUCACCAAAUGCACGGUCACAUGCUUUGCGAGGAUAUCGAUUCUGCCUUGAGAGCUUACGGUGAAGGCAAGAGAGCCGUCCACGACAUGAACGUCAAGUCUUACGAGAUGGCACCGACAUUCUGGAUGGCUUUCUGGAAGCAAAGAAUGCGAUGGACUCAGGGUUGGACCCAGGCUUCUAUUCGUCACGCUCACAUGAUUUGGGACAACCCUCCCAACGGUACUCGCUGCUUGAGUGAGCGCUAUGGUCUUCUUUCUCUUAUUAUCGUCCGUGAGCUGAGUUACUACCUCGUCACCCAACACACUUGCCUUCUGUUCAGUUUCCUCAUCACUGGCUGGCCCAAGAACUCUGGCGAAUUGGCCAGGCUGAUCUUCUUCCGCUACGCCUUAUCCGAAUGGUUCCUCUUCCUCACAGUCGGAAGUUUGAUUGUGACGCUAUGGAUCACGGAGAUUGUGCGCUCAGAGUUCACUUCAUUCUACGACAUGAUCCUCUUCUCUGCUAUUUACGUCCCCUACCUCAUUCUCCAGGGUACAAUGGGUAUCUAUGGACACUUCCGUGAGAUUAUCGGAUACUCAUCUUGGAACCCUACUUCAAGAAAGUAG